AUGAGCGGACUGGAUAAAGACCCAGGAUAUAGUUCUAAGAGCGAUACUGGCACCGAUGUCGACAGCCCGCCCAAGUCGGAAAUACUGUUCGGAGAGCUCGCCAGGCUCCUAGUCGUAUACAUCAUCUUUCAACUAUUUCUCAAUGUCACCGGUAUCCAACAGAGAUUUGACAACUUUGCUAUCAGGAAAGGCGUGGAGUUUAGAGAAUGGAUACGUAAAAGACGAGAGAGAAGGGACCGUGAGAGGCAAGGUUUGGAGGGUGGCCUUGGGCCGAACGGGCCGGGCGAGAAGCUUGACGAUAAUGGCGUGGCUAUAGACCCGGAACAGAACUCAUAUGGGGCGAGGAGGGUCGAGGUUAUGGACGAUACUACAUCUAUUAUGGAGCUCGAGCACCAGGCCAAGGGGAAGUUAGACUAUGGGACCGAACCAAAUACCCUGGCGCCUAGUAGUUAA